GGCCGGUCCCCGCGGGCGUGGCAGGGUCCCGAGCCAGGGCCCGCCCGGGCAGCAUCCCUGCCGCGGGAUCCAGCAGCUCAGACUUAGCUCCCACCCAGCCCCCAGCUCCCCGGGAGGGAGGACUGGAGAGAAGCCGAGGGCCGUCACAUCCCGCAGCGGGGACCCGCCGGCGUGACCCGGCGCCCCGAGGAGGCCGCGCCCCCCGGGACCCGCGGCGAUUUCGGCCUCGCCGCGCCCCGCAGCACUCGCGGCGGCGCCCCCGCCCCGGCUGGAGCUGGCCUCGGGUCUGGGUCGAAAAUGCCCGCCCUGCACAUCGAAGAUUUGCCCGAGAAGGAAAAACUGAAGAUGGAAGUGGAGCAACUUCGCAAAGAAGUGAAGUUGCAGAGACAGCAGGUGUCUAAAUGUUCUGAGGAAAUAAAGAACUAUAUUGAAGAACGUUCUGGAGAGGAUCCUCUGGUGAAAGGAAUCCCAGAAGACAAGAAUCCCUUUAAAGAAAAAGGCAGCUGCAUCAUUUCAUAAAUAACUCUGGGGAGCAACUUUAUCCUCAGUGGAAGAAUUAGUUUAUUUUAGUUUUCCCAAAUAAAACCAACGUGCCUUUUAAGGAAGUAAAAAUGAAAUGUAAAGGAGACUUUCUUAAGCACCCUCUAUUCAUAGAUAAAGUUAUGAAAGCAUAGGUAACUGUCAACCUUGCUCACUGUACACCUUUUUUAAAAGUACAGAAAUUGCCAUCUGUACAAUUUUGAGAAUAAGAACAUGAUUCGUGCAUGACUCACUUCUUUUCGUAUGUUGCUUGAUGCCUCAAAUAAAGUUUUCUCU